AUGCUACAACAACUAUUUGUUCCUGUGCUCUUCCUGAUGGCUGUUUCAGGAAACCCUUCGGAAAAAGAAUGUGAACUGGAGAAGCAAGCCGCUGAGAAAUGUACAUCGGAAGCCAAUAUGACUUCGAAUACUGUCAAUAGGGAUUGGAAUAAUUAUGAGAAAGAAAUUCCAAAGUUUGAGAAAUGGGUGAAGUGUGUUGGAGAACCAGUGUGUCCGUUGAAUGCAAAAUACUUCGAAGGAACCAAAAUCAUGUUCAAUAUUUUCGUAAGGACGGCUAGAGAACCACGCCCAUGCCUCGAUAAGAGUGAAAUCACGUCCUGCCGACCAGAAGGAGAGGUUGAAUGUGGGGAUCUAUCGUUCUACGACUGUGUCACUGAUAUCAUGAAACAAUCGGAUGCGUGCACUCAAAAAGAUGUGAACUCCUAUAUCUCAUUUAUUCCGGAUACUGUCAGAUUCUGUAAAGUGAGAAAGGAAAUUAAAGAGUUGUUAGGAAUUCCACCGUCAAAAAUUUAUGAAGAGCGUGGGAAUAAUACUAAAACUGCACCAUGA